UCUUGAAUAUAUACACACGUUACAUGUAAUAUUCUUCGUGACAACUACAUUUUACAGCUCUCUGACUGUAUGACAACUUUCGAAAGCCCAGCUAAUUUAGUAGUACUGACGGGUUACUCCAAUCUAUAGACGGCAUUCCUUAAGCGAACGACGCUUUCCUAGCAACGGAAAAGUAUGCAAUUAAAAUUUAGGUCUUAUUUAUUAUGAAGAUAACACAUCUUGAAAGGGUUGUUUGAUCAAGAUGCGACAAAAAGUGUUUCAUUUCUGCAUAUAAAAUGCCGACUGUUCAUCAAGUCUUUUUAACCUGUUCUUGUUWAAAUGGGUAAAAUGAAGAAACAGUGUUUCCCAUCAAACUUUCUACACAUUAGAAAAUAUUUGGUGUUCUUUGUGGUUMUUCUUUCAACAUUUAUUGCAUACAAUUUAUCCUCGAAUUGGGAAAAAASAUUUGCAGGUGAGCGAUUGAAUGGCACGCCAGAAAGAAAGGAUGACGCAGGUAAAGAAAGGAAAAGUCUACCAAUCAAGGAACAAGUUGACAAAGCGGGAAAGUCACGAGAAUCCGACUAUAGCCAUUCCAACUUUUGCGGCUCAGGCUGGCAAGGGAGAUACGCUCGUCUCCAUAAAAGUAUCCUUGCCUCAAAACAGGAAAAAAGAUACCUUGCAUAUAAUUGUCCAGGAACUCAACAAGGCUGUUGUGGUUAUGGCAACCGUUUGCGAGCUUUAGUUUCGCUAUUCUACUUAGCAGUGUUGACUGACAGAGCUUUCUUGAUUGAUUGGAUUGCUCCGGAGCCAAUCGAGAACCACCUCAAGCCUAAUAAAAUCCAAUGGAAUUAUUCUGCACCGUUAGAUGUUUCCACGAAAUAUAAUUCACGCAGUCACUAUUGGGGAACUGCCGGUGCUGACAAAAAGAGAGCAGAGGGCUGGAUUAUACAAGAUAGUAAACACUUCCGAAACUGGUUUGUUUCGACAAAUCUGAGUCGUUAUUUUGAUCAACCUGUUGAGAAGAUCACUACUAUCUGGUAUUUYGUUAAUGGUGGAAUCGAUAGCAAUCCAUAUCUAAUGACKCGURCCAAGCAAYUGGGAAUUACUCCGUUAUUAUCGCCAGGCCCUAAAUACUCUCUAAUACGAUGCGCUUUCGAUUUUUUGUUUCAACGYUCAAAUCUUGUCGAGAGCCACCUUAAACAAUGGAGGAGUCUACUGCACAAAUCUAAAGGACCAACGAUUGGAAUACACAUCAGAACAGGUGAUAAACAGUUUAACUACAACGCACAGAUGGAUGAYAGAUCUUUWAAUCUACGAAAYACAUCAAAUUURRWRGRAUUCUUUMGGUGCGCAAAGCACAUUGAACAAACARUUUUCAAAGACGMAAAGACAAGCGAUACCCAAUGGUUUCUUGCAAGCGAUCAUAUCAAAGUCAAGCGAUUUGCUACAAAAUACUUUCCURGAAAAGUCAUCACCACAAAUCUYUCAAUCCAACAUUUGGACGUUCUUUACAAUGUCAAAAACCGCAAAAUUAACUUUCGCAAAAACACAAAACAUGUUAAAAUAAAACGCACCAAACAUCAAAUCACACRRGGAAUCAUAGGUAUGUUGGUAGACCACUUCAUCUUAAGUGAAUGUGACUUYUUGAUUAUAUGUGAUAGCAGUUUUAGCUCGACUGCGAUUGGUUURGGAAUGAAGGGCACCGACUCGUUUGUUUUUGGUGACCGACACUGUCUGGACUACAAGAAAGCCAAGCAAGUUAAAAAGUUAACUUUUUACUAA